AUGGGGGAAACACCAGGAUAUUCAGUCAUGCAUAGGUACAUUUCUCAAAUGUGGAACUCUAUAACUAUGCCAGAUCUGUUUUUGCAUGGGGAGGGGUAUUAUGUGGUUCGAUUUCAUAAUACAAAAGAUAUGAAUGAAAUUCUAUUUUCUGGGCCGUACUCUAUUAGAAAUCGACCAAUUAUCUUGAAACCAUGGACUCCUGCAUUUGAUUUCAGUCAAGAGUUUAUGACAGAGAUUCCAUUGUGGGUGAAAUUUCCCAAAUUACCUAUGAGUUGUUGGGGUUGUGGAUCACUGGGUAGAAUAGCAAGUGCAUUGGGGAAGCCAUUAUUUGCUGAUGAGUGUACGACUAAACAAACAAGGAUCUCCUAUGCUAGAAUGUUAAUUGAAGUUAAUGUAUCAAAGCCACUCCCUGACACAAUUGUGGUUAUGGAGCCAAAUGGAAAGAAAUUUCAGCAGGAGGUGGUAUUUGAAUGGAAACCUCAAUUCUGCACUCAAUGUCUAACUAUAAGUCACAUUUGCAAUAAGCAACCUGAGCAGCAAGGAAGACCAAUACAGAAUAGAAGAAGAGGAGAGCAGAAGAAAGUGGUCCAGGAAUGGAAGCCCAAAGAUGUUUCAUCUACGAGCCAACUGGCAGAUACAAAGCAACUAGUCCAUGUUGAAGUCACUCAACCUAAAGCUAAUGAAGGUAUGAAAAUGCUGCAACAACAGGACAAUGGAGCACACAGCAAAGUAACAACACCAGUUGAAGUGUCAAAGAAUACCUCUAAAGGUAAGGAGCAGGUUCCUAGCCCAGAGCUGAAUUUGAUCAAUUCCCACAAUUGA